AUGCAUUGGAGUUUGGCCAUAGAAGCUUUGAGGUUGGAAUGGGAAGAAAGUGGUAUAGUUGUUGUGAACAAGGUUUCAUGGAAGGCGGUGGUUUGUUCGCCCGCGGUUUGGUUUACCAGCGGGGGUAACGUUUGUGCGAAGGAGAAUCUUCUACCGGUGGCUUUGGCAAAAGGUAUCGGGUCUUCCAUUGUUGGACUCCAAAGUUCACAUAUCGAGGUUCUAAUCAUCGUUGGGCCACCAGACUGUGUCGCAUUAGUCACAACAGUUGUCGACCUGAUGCAAUGUGGUGAUGGGAGUGAUGCCUUGUUCUAA